CCUUGCAUUUAGCCUAGACCGAGCUCCCUGCGUGCACCGCGCGCUGCCAGAGGCGCAGGUCACCUGGAAUCAACAUGUCUGGGACUGAGGAAGCGGUUCUUGGAGCCCGAGGCAACCAUCCUUCUGCAGCUGGCGGCAACUCCGUGUUAUGCUUCGGACAGUAUCAGUACACAGCAGACGAGUACCAGGCCAUCCAGAACGCUCUGAGGCAGAGGCUGGGCCCGGAAUACAUCAGUAGCCGCAUGGCUGGAGGAGGCCAGAGGGUAUGUUACAUUGAGGGUCACAGGGUAAUUAAUCUGGCCAAUGAGAUGUUCGGUUACAACGGCUGGGCACACUCCAUCACACAGCAGAAUGUGGAUUUUGUUGACCUUAACAAUGGCAAGUUCUACGUGGGAGUCUGUGCGUUUGUGAGAGUCCAGUUGAAGGAUGGUUCAUAUCAUGAAGAUGUGGGCUACGGUGUCAGUGAGGGCCUCAAGUCCAAAGCCUUGUCUUUGGAGAAGGCCAGGAAGGAGGCCGUGACAGACGGGCUGAAGCGGGCGCUGAGAAGUUUCGGGAAUGCACUUGGAAAUUGUAUUCUGGACAAAGAUUAUCUGAGGUCACUAAAUAAGCUUCCCCGCCAGUUGCCUCUUGAAGUGGAUUUAACAAAAGCAAAAAGACAAGAUUUUGAACCAUCUGUGGAACAAGCGAGAUACAGCAGCUUCCGGCAGAACGUGGCUCUGGGGUCGCCCAAACCACAGGAGGUGACAUCUCCUUGCAGACCGAACCGCUCGGGUGAUCCGCACGCUGUGGGGCAGGAAGAGAAGGCCAGCGUCUCCCGUCUGACCGGCGCUGAGAGCGAGGCCACCUACCAGCGGAAGCUCCGGCAGAAGCAGCUGCAGCAGCAGUUCCGGGAGCAAAUGGAGAAGCAGCAGCAAUUUCAACUGUCUGCUCGGGAGGUUGAGAAGAAGACUCAGGUGACUCUGGCAGCACUGCCAGCACCUCCUCUGACGCACAGCACCCCUGUGACUGCUGUUUCUGAACCACUCGCAGAGAAAGACUUCCUUACAGACAGUCUCGGAAUGUGGGAUAUGGAUCCAGAUGCAGGGGACAGUGAUGUCAGGCCCUUGUCUAAACCAGAACUGCUCCAGACCUCUGCUACACCAGCUCUGAAGAACCAGAGGGUGACUUGGGACAGGACCCCACAGAACAUCUGCCACCAGAAUCCACAAGCAAAAUCAGGACCCUCGCGUUUGCAGACUCACAACCUCAACCAAGAUGUAACAGGAAACUGUGAUAUCACUGGGAAGAACCAGGACUUGAAGAAAAGGAAAUUGGAUCCAUCCUAAUGGAGGCUCAGGUCACAUCCUUGACUUUGUCAGAAAGGGACUUUCAAAAACUACUUUUUGGUCAUAAAACUGUUCAUCGUUCCUAGGGAAUGAGCUUUAUUUCCAAGGAUUUGCCUUGCUUCAACCUAACCAGAGGACCUGACUGGUGGAGUCUGCCGCAGAUAAAGCUGAGCAGUCAGAAAACCACGCUUUAAAAGAGCUUGUCACACCCUGCAGGGGGAGGCUCGGAGAUGGACCACCUUUUCUUUGGCUCUCGAGGUUCUUCACUAUUUAUUCCCAAGCUGCUGUGUUAGUAUGUAUAGAAAUUUUAGGAAUGCCCAGUGGCUACCUGUCCUGUAAGCAACAUAAGCCAUGCUACUAAGCACCGACUUUUACAACUGCCUACAUGGAACUGUAACGUCUGCCUUCUUUCACCGUGGGGCUCGGGCCUACUGUAGUCCGCACUGUGUUGUGUAGCCUCCUGAGAACGGAAGCUGCAGUGGCGUUUAGCUCCUUGCAUCAGUCCUGGCUGCAGUCUUCAUCUGUGAUGACCUCUCGUUGACCGGUUUAUGGUGUCACUAUCCUGCAGUUUUUUUCCUGAUCAAGGAAAUGAUUGAAGGCCAAAGAAAAGGCAUUUUAAGACAGCAAAAUAAAUUCUUUCCUUUGUAACAAAAGACACAAGUGGGUGUUUGUAUUUCUCCAUUUCAGAUGUGAGAUAUAACCCAUCUUAACUUGGGCUUUUUUUAUAGUUUUAAAUGUUUCAUAACCCCCCGCCCCCAUGAUGAAUUUGCAGGUUCUUUUUAAGAUGCAUCUUGGGCUGUGCCUUUAAUCUUCAAGCUGUGGCUUUUAUUAAUUUUUAGAUCACAGAUCCAUUUGUGGGAAGCUAUGAACCCGAGGCAGGGAACUCCUUUAACGUACAGGAAGGCAGUCAGCCAUUUCUAUUCCCUUGGAAGAUGAAAAGGCUGUAGCUUCCCGUGAUUUCCCCUUUAUCGUAUCUCUCAUUACAUGGAUCUGGUCAUGUGUUCAUCUUUUGGUUUUGACAUCCUUACCUUUUUUCUUCCCCCAGAAAAAAGUCUCUCCCUUUUCUGAAGCGUAAUCUUAGUUCAGAACUGCUGCUUUAAAAAAGUUCCCGGAAUCAGGAAUCCAGUUAUAAACUGUACACAACUCAAAACUGAGCUAAUGAGAUCAUGAAAAAGGAAUUUGCUGGAAAUGAAACCCCACAGCUCAACAAAAGCAAGUUUGGUUUAUUUGAAUGGUUUCAUUAAAUAAGUCUACAAAGGUAACAAACUGAAGCACGAAGCGCAGUCUUACAAGAAGCGCCACACCCAGAGUUAGUGCAAAAUGUACAAUUAACGGCUGCUGAGAAACCCCCAAGGUUUGAAUUCAGUUUAUUUGUUUUUUUAAACAGUGUACAUUGUUAAAUAAUGUAAGGAAAACAUUUAUAAUUCAGAAAGAUUUUUUGUAAUGUGGAAAAAGAUACUCAAAAGUGUACUAUUAACACAAAAAUAAUUUAAACAGUUCAGUAGCACUAGUUCAUUCCUCUAGGCUUUAGUUACUUCAUCCACAGGAGGGGAAAAAAAAAAUCAACGGUAAAUAAAACCAGUUCUUACUUUUUGUGUGUAAGUGUAGAGAUCUCAAAAUUAAACCAAAAUAAUAAAAAAUAAUGUGCUGCAUUUGGUUCCCUCGUUCCUCUAGUAAAAAGUACGGUUUCAUUGAUCUUAGGUGGUCCGUUUCUCAUUUACUUGGCACCUUCUUUGUUCUAUCCUUACUCUUCCCAUCUCCCCAAGAAUCUUAAGCAGAGAAUAAAUAAGUAAACAACUUUGAAGCAGGGCUUGGAACCCCUGUCCUUUUCAUUUCUACUCUCAGUGUUCUGUGCAUCUCCGGGACCUAGGCUAACUUACUGACGAAAACAGGGCCCACGAAGGAACAACAGGAUAGGACAGCCAAGCAGGCUCCCCUUAUUGUGGUGAUUCCUAGGAUGUGCUGUUGAGGUGGGUAAGAGACUGGAAAUGUGUUAACUUCCCAACUCAAGACUCAAGAGAAGAAGCACCCAAAAAAUGAGGAGUCCUAGCUUCUUUCUGCAUCUUCACAGAUAAGAGAUCCCAGACAUAGCCAAUUUAGGAGAGUUAUUUCCUGAAAGCUCUGAAAAUAACAGAACUGCCCAUUACAACUAGGCGUAGCACUACAUAAUACUGAUUGGUUGCAGGGCAGUAUUUGUUUAUAUGAGAAUGUGAGAAUAUCAGCUGCAGUUCUAGACACAGAGGUGGCACAACAGAUGUAUGAUCCUGCAACCAUCUGGACAUCACACAGGAAAUGAAUAGGAAUAAGCACUCUGUCUUAUGAUGCUUAAUUCAGAUGUGGGUCCACUUUCCACAAAAUACAGUACCCCAAGCUGAGAAAUGCAUGAUAUAUUUGCAACAAGAGGAAAGCAAAGUUUUUCUUAGAGCAUCUUUCUCCAUCGGUGACUUUCCACUAUCAACGUUUCCCAACUUAAAAAGUAGCCCCCACCCCUUCCCUUUCUAUUCAGCCAUUUCCACUAGGUCUUAUCUGUCAAGCCUGACGAUUAAGUAAGGCUCAUGGCACCCCGUGGGCCAGGCAGCACACAGCUUCCUGACAAGUCUGUUCUCCUGUUCUUAGUCUUUCUUUCAUUUAUCACACACCACCCUUAAUCUUUUAAAUUGCUCAAUUUUGUUACCACACCCCUCCUUACUGUUCUUGAAACAGGAACUUUCUGCUUUCAACCACUGAUGUCAACUUAACUUCUCACCCUGCUCAUCUUACACCUGCUCUAGACAAAACUGAAUGACUUAAAAACAAAACAAAACAAACAACAAAACACUCAGUUUCCCUUUGGCAUAAUCCUCUGCUGGGGUCACAUGGACCUAAUAUCCUUCCAUAUGCCCUCUGCUGACCUGGGGUCUGAUGAGAAGUUGGUGCUAAUGGCAGAAGCAGUAGAAGUCCAAGGCACUAAAAUAUCCAGCAAGCAAUACUGGGAGAACAGAAGUAUUCAAGUACAGUAAUUUAUAUAAUCUUACAUUCACAUUUAUUUAUCUACUACAAUGGAAAUACAAAGGAAAAAGCUAAAGUGUCUCAAUAAGUAAAGGACAGAGCUUGCUUUUUUUUUUUUUUCUCCAACUUUUUAAACCUUUCAUAUUUUACUCUUAAAACUACUGUUGUCCAACAACAUUUAUAUAUCACAGUGUUUCCACAUCAAAACUGAUGGCAAAGUUACAUGUCCGCAGGGGACUUAAUUUUUUUUCCUAAUUGCUAAUGCUGCAGUCAAAGCUGCUAAUAUCAUUUGCUUAAAGCACUAAUGACCUAUUAUAAGAAAGGGUUGAAACCUCAGUCCCUUGGUGUUUUUCACUGGGUUCUAAA